AAAUUAAUGACAAGUGAUUAAUGUCUAAUAUUUUUGUUGUGAUUUCAUGAUUGCAAAAUCGUUUUUAGUUUGGUUUGACAGCUUUUGCAAACUGUAGAUUGAUUAACUUAUAAUGCUAUUUAUGUAAAUACCAAUUUACAAUAAUCACAGCUGAUAAUGGUACUAUUGAUUUAGAUAAAUAUCACAAAAAUUAAUCCUUUGAGGAAUGAAAAUAUAAUUUCAAAAUGGCAGGAAUGUCACCAUCUGAGAGAAGGCUUCAGAAAGAAUUAAUGUCUCUGGUUAAGGAACCACCUCCAGGGGUAUCAGUUGAUUCUAAUCUGGCAGAACAGAAUUUACUGCACUGGAUUAUAAAUAUGCAAGGCGCUCCAGGGACUUUGUAUGAAGGAGAAUGUUUCCAGUUGCAAUUUAAGUUUAGUAAUAAAUAUCCGUUUGACUCGCCUGAGGUAACUUUUGUAGGGAACAACAUUCCAGUACAUCCCCAUGUAUAUAGUAAUGGCCAUAUUUGUUUAUCAAUAUUAACUGACGAUUGGUCUCCAGCCCUCUCAGUGCAGUCUGUAUGUCUUUCAAUUGUAUCUAUGCUCAGUAGUUGUAAAGAAAAGCAAAGGCCACCUGACAAUGCUUUUUAUGUAAAGACUUGUAACAAAAAUCCAAAGAAAACGAAAUGGUGGUAUCAUGAUGAUUCUGUUUGAGGAUUUAUAUGGAGAAACUUAAUGGUUAUGUGAUUAUAAUAUAUAAUUAUUUAUACAGUUUAUAAUAGUUUUGAAAUUAUAUUUUAUAGAUAUAAAUCAAGUGAUUAAAUUUUAAAGUGUUAAUCUAUGAAAAAUAAAUGUUAUAUAGUGCCUCUGACAUUCAAUACUUAUGUUACUCCUUGAUUAAUAAAUGUAUAAGCUGUU